UGAGCGCCAUCGUUCAAGCCUACCAGGUCGCCAAUGCCAGCGAGCGUGGCGAGCCCGUCAUGCGGGCCAUGACGAUGGAGGAGGCGCCCAAGGUUGUGGCGAUGCGCAAGGAGGUCGAGGGCACGGUUCGCGGGGGCGGUUGCCCCCCGCACAAACUCGCCAAAAAAUAUAGCGACUCAUGGUUCCCCGGCGAGAUCACCUCGGAGACCAUCGGGGGUUGCUACGAGAUCAAGGGGAAGACGGAAUGCUGCGGUCUUUUGUGCCGUAUGUGUCCGUUGUGCUUGUACAAUCAAAGGUGCUCGGAAGAUUGCGUGUGCGUGUGGCCCUUCCUGUGGGGCAUUCCUACGGCGCUGUGCUGCGUUAUGAUGCCGAUGUGUGAGCGUGAAUCAAACGGUUGGGUCAUGCGCGACAAGAACGGUAUCCGCACCGGAGAGCUACUGGUGGUGGACAAGCACGGCGGCACGUACGCAUGUUAUUCCCUGAAAUGCUGCUCGAGCGAUUUCCGGCAAGAACCGGACUGCAUGGGCGUCAAGUACGGCAACCGGGUGCGCAUCCACAACUAGGUGGGAGGACCACUUCGUUCGCCCCUGCCACCGACGUGACGCGGGAUGUCGACGGUGGGAGGUUAACACCCGUGGUUCGAAGUGCUCGACCUAUCGCGUGCGUUGGCUAAUGUCACUAUGUAUGUAACUAAUACCUAAAAUACGCCG